AUGCCAGCAACACUUCAAAAUACAAUCGCAUCCAUCCGUAAUGUGGUCGGCUGGUUCGGAGAACCUGAGACUUUCCGUACACUGAGCUCGGUUUGCGCGAAUGGGCAGGCUAAGUUCAAGACAAAGAUCGCGACGAUACGAGGACCCGAGGGCGGCACCAUUGAUGGAGGGUUUAUCGUCGACCCCCCCUCCGACUUCCCAGCUGUUGAAAUCAGAGGUACCGAGCAUUGGUCACUUGAGCAGAGGACUAAUUCCACCCCGUUAAGACUGUACCGAUUCGAUGUCAAGACCAGCAUCACGAGGCCAACCCAGUGGGCUCAUUUCUAUAUUGUCAUGAUGCCCGCAAUUCCACAUUUCCUGUGUAUCGUCCCCCUGCGAAGCUACCAAGGUCUUUCCUGGGUACAAACUCGUCUCAACAGAACCAAAGAAUCCAGCCAAGCUUCCGGAACUUGGAGAGCCAAUGUUAGCUAUGCUCUCCUUGCCCCAUUCGCUGUCCACGAAGACGACGUGUAUGAAGCCAUCCUGAGGAUCAACACUGCGGCUGAAACCAAAUCAUGGUACACGAACCCCACCAAUCAUAUCGUGUUCUCUGGUUGGCACGUACCGGCUCCGGAUACGACAGUAGACGGUAUCUUCCAGUUUUCCCGCAAUAACUCCGACACUCGGACGUCGAGAGAAACGAUCCAGCGUUUAGCCAAUUUCUUAGAGCGAUGUCCUGAGACUCAGAUGAGCGUCAUUCCAAAUCCGACGGAACCGUUGGUAGCUGACUUCAUCCUCCAAGACCACAAGGAAGGAGUCGAAUAUCUGAUCGAGCACAAAACUUACGGCCCCACAUCGGGGAAAUCGCUUAGCUGGUGUGCCGCAGAAGAACUAGAACCGAUCUACAAUUGGCACUUUCGUAUCAAUCAGCUUGAGGAUGAUUUGAUGAUUCAUACGAGACUCAAAGCCGAUGAAGACCAGGCCACGCAUUCGACACCGCCUGCGAGGAUCAAAUUGACCUCAACGGAUGCACCCGAAAAGUUCGCCAAAACCAUUAGAGAGUAUGGAAAGAUUGCUAAGAUCAGGAUCCGUGACAAGUGGAAAAACACCACCCUCUAUGACGACAAUGUUCCAGACAAGAGCGUCCCCAACGAUGUCAUAGAGAAUGAUAUCUCAGAAGACACAGCAAAUACAGACCUCCGAGAGUUUGCAGACGCAUUCAGUACCAAACUCAACAACCAGUGCUGGAAGCUUGGCCAACACGUCUGCAUCCCGCUGUCAGAUCAUCCAACCGCCGAUGCAGUGUUCAUAGAACACAAGUGGAGGGGCGAAGACCGAAGAAACUUCGAAUGUAGUGGUAUCCUUCCUGUUUCGCUCUUUCAGAAGUCACCUAAUAAUGAAAGAGGCUGGUCAUACAAGACGCAAUGGCUGGUUGGAAACGAGCUUGGUCGCGACACAGGACCUCUCAUCGCAAAGCCAUUCCUCAACUCCACCGCGUGUCCUGAUCUAAGUAUAUUUAGCCUACCCGGAGGAGAAGUUCACGAGUUUUUAUGCACGUUGUUCGAGAAGGGAGAAUUCGUUGUAGAUCUCAAUGGCCCAACUGGCUUGUUGCAGACGCAGUGGAACCAUGGAACCUCAUUGAAGGUCGAGAGAAGAGGUCGAAAUGACUGGUUGAUGAUGCGAGUCCUUUCGACCUUGCCGCCCAACGCCUCGUCCUGGUCAGCAGCUGCCUUCGAAAAAGCCCUUACCGAUGCAGAAACUCCAUAUGCGCACAGACCGCUUCGCAAACGUCGCCCGCUUGCACGACGGGAUCUUAUCGAGGACCCGACCUACGGCAUGACUAUAGAGGAACUUGUCGCUCUCUCCGGUGUCGUGGCCGAGCCAGGACUGCACUGUGAUUCUUGCCCCGAUGCAGAGAGCUGCAAGAAAUGGGUUCCCAAAUUGUGGGAAUUGUGA